AGCGUCCGAACUGUUGUUAUUUUCUCUGCAGCUAAAAAGAAAAUCAGGAAUGCUAAGAGGCUAAUCCGCUUUCUUCCAGGUUGUCAUUAAAAAUAAAAAUAAAAAAACACAACAAAAACAAAUCGCAGUUUAUAAUCAGGCACACGUAUAUACCCUGGCUUGUCACGACCCAACGUCGAUCUAGUAAUGGACUCGGACGAGGGUUACAAUUAUGAAUACGACGACGAGGAAGAGGAGUGCAGCGAGGACAGCGCUGAAGAGGAAGCCGAGGACGACACCCUGGAGCUCGGCGAUGUGGAGCUGGUCGAUCCCGUGGUGCCUGGCGGCGACCGAGACGAGUGCGGGGAGACCGGCGGUAGCGGCCUCGGACACGACGAGGAGGACUACCGCUUUGAAGUUCUCACCGCCGAGCAGAUCCUCCAGCAUAUGGUCGAGUGCAUCAGGGAGGUCAACGAGGUCAUCCAGAAUCCUGCAACGAUUACAAGAAUACUGCUUAGCCAUUUCAACUGGGACAAGGAAAAGCUCAUGGAAAGGUACUUUGAUGGUAACCUGGAUAAGCUGUUUUCCGAGUGUCAUGUCAUAAACCCUAGUAAAAAAUCCAGGAUGCGCCUCAUGAAUACACGAUCGUCAGCUCAGGAUAUGCCAUGUCAGAUCUGCUAUCUCAACUACCCUAAUUCGUACUUCACUGGUUUGGAAUGUGGGCACAAGUUCUGCAUGCAGUGCUGGGGCGACUAUUUAACCACCAAAAUCAUAGAAGAAGGAAUGGGCCAGACCAUUUCCUGUCCUGCACAUAGUUGUGAUAUCCUGGUCGAUGACAACACAGUUAUGCGACUGAUAACAGAUUCGAAAGUGAAGUUGAAGUACCAACAUUUAAUAACUAAUAGUUUUGUAGAGUGCAAUCGACUGUUAAAAUGGUGUCCCGCUCCGGACUGCCAUCAUGUAGUCAAAGUCCAGUACCCCGAUGCCAAACCUGUUCGCUGCAAGUGUGGCCGGCAGUUCUGCUUCAACUGUGGAGAGAACUGGCAUGACCCAGUAAAGUGUAAGUGGUUGAGAAAAUGGAUUAAAAAGUGUGACGACGACAGUGAAACAUCCAAUUGGAUUGCAGCAAACACUAAGGAAUGUCCUAAAUGCCAUGUGACCAUAGAGAAGGAUGGUGGCUGCAACCACAUGGUGUGUCGGAACCAGAACUGCAAAGCGGAGUUCUGCUGGGUCUGCUUAGGCCCGUGGGAACCCCACGGAUCAGCCUGGUAUAAUUGCAAUCGCUACAAUGAAGAUGAUGCCAAGGCAGCUAGAGAUGCACAAGAGCGCUCCAGAGCAGCCUUGCAGAGGUACCUAUUUUACUGCAACCGCUACAUGAACCACAUGCAGAGCCUGCGCUUCGAACACAAGCUGUACGCGCAGGUCAAGCAGAAGAUGGAGGAGAUGCAGCAGCAUAACAUGUCAUGGAUUGAGGUGCAAUUCCUGAAGAAGGCUGUGGACGUGCUGUGCCAGUGCCGCUCCACACUCAUGUUCACCUACGUCUUUGCCUUCUACCUCAAGAAGAACAACCAGUCCAUUAUUUUUGAGAACAACCAGGCUGAUCUAGAGAAUGCCACAGAGGUGUUGUCUGGAUACCUAGAGCGAGACAUUUCCCAAGAUUCACUGCAGGACAUCAAGCAGAAAGUGCAAGACAAAUACAGAUACUGUGAGAGCCGACGGAGAGUUCUGCUGCAGCAUGUGCACGAAGGCUAUGAAAAAGACCUGUGGGAGUACAUCGAGGAUUGAGGCAGCGUCCUCCUACUA